GAAUCAGCUGUUCUGGUAUAGAGGCACAUCUAAAACAUGCAGAGCAGGGGGCCCUGAGGACUGGAAUUGAGAAGCACGAUAUGAGUGGCUGUUUGUGACACCUGUCUCUUUUAUGGCCCUGUGAAGGACUUGUCACUUGUACAUGUUGUAUUCUGCAUAUCUAUUAUUGCCCAGCAGACAUAGAAACCAGCUCCCCUGUGACACUGAACCUAACAUAAAGCAAGUAUAGACAAUAUACUUGCUUUAUUAACAAAUAUAUUGCUAUCAUAACAUUUAGUAUGUGCUAACACAACAUUUAUUGUCUAUACUUGCUUUAUAGAUAAAGCAAGUAUCUAUAAAGAUACUUUAUCUAUACUUGCUUUAUAGAUAAAGCAAGUAUAGACAAAAAAUGGAUGGAUAAAUUUUUCAUCUGGCAUGAUCUCUUGAUGGAAUUACGUUUCCUGUCAGUCAGAGAGAUGCAACACCUUGUAUGGUCUCGAAUCACUUUCUUUUAACUUCACACUCAUUUGAAGACUUAUAGACUUGUGCAGGUGUUUGUUUCAGAAGUGCAAAAGAUAAGAUAAUUCUUUAAUUCUAUUGUUUAGCUGGGUGAUUUAAAAAUGUUUUCUCUAUUAGAUUUUAAAAGGCUAUAGCACAGAAAUGUCAGAUCAAUUAUUUGGAGCUAUGUUUGUACAUAACCAUGCUGUUUAAAUUUAUUCAAUAAAGUUCUGCAAUGAAUAUUUUUCUCAAAACCUGAACAUCAUAACAGAUGUUUCAUAACAGAAUUGCACUUUGCCUAAUGCAAUAGAAUUUUACACCUGUUUGAUUGUGCCAAAAACAACAAUUUGCUGCCAUCUUGUGGUACAAAUGCAAUAUUAAAAGAAGCAAAGUCAUUACUAAUUUUUACCUGCUGUCAUUAUCGGGUGUAUCCACAUGUUUACUUAUAAGUGUUUAUAAUGAUCAAGAUAAGUGCAAAUAAUAAAAAUAAUAAUACACAUUCCGGGCCUUUACGUAAAACCUGUUGCUGGUUUGCUAGACUGAUAGCGCUCAAAACACACAUUCUCACUGUGAUUGUGCAAUUUCUAAGAGCCUAUGUUGUUAUGAAACUAUAAACGUCAACAUAUAGUUUGUGUCCUAUGUGUGUAUCGAUGCAUUCGACAAUCACUGGAUCAACAGCUCUGUCUGUAUCCCAGCAUGGGCCCGGAAGUUGUUUGGGUUUCAGGUGAAAAAAAAGACGAAAAAAAGAAAGAAGGGAGGACAGAAAGAAGAAAAAAAAGAUCCCAGGGAUGCUGCCGUCGCUGGGGAAAACAAACAACCAGGCAGGCAAUUAAGGAAGGAGCGCGCCGAUCGACCUGCAGGCAUCUGGUGAGAGAAUGAAUGCUGAUGAAUGUAAUGGACGCUCAUAUUCACAAGGUAAUGGAGGAGAAUCAUCAGCAGAGCAGGAUUUUUAUGCUGGGUUGCGGGCCACUUCUGUAAGAUCUCCCAACAGCCAGCAGUCCUCGCCUCACCGCUCCCUAAGUGACUCCAUUAAGGUUGAGCUGUGUAGCGAUGAAGAGUCUUCAGGUGCCCGACAGUCUGAGAACAAAGAGGCUGCGAGGAGCGACGGUGGGAGAGAUGACAGGGUGGGUCCUGCUGACGAAGGAGGUCCAGCGUUUGCCGGAACCGGAGGAGACAGAGGUAACAUCUACAGUGAGAUGGCUACUCCUAAUUCGUCCUCACCGGGACCAAUCCGGCUGCCCAACGGGAAGCUGCAGUGUGAGGUGUGCGGGAUGGUCUGCAUAGGACCCAAUGUGCUGAUGGUCCACAAGCGCAGCCACACAGCCCAAACAUCCAUGCACAUGUUUGCAGGUGAGCGACCGUUUCAGUGCAACCAGUGUGGAGCCUCUUUCACCCAGAAGGGCAACCUGCUGCGCCACAUCAAACUUCAUUCAGGAGAGAAGCCUUUCAAAUGUCCCGUUUGCAACUAUGCCUGCCGUCGGAGAGAUGCUCUUGCUGGUCAUCUGCGCACUCAUUCAGUUCCUUCCCCAACAGUGGGGAAACCUUUCAAGUGCAACUACUGUAGUCGCAGCUAUAAGCAGCAGAGCACACUGGAGGAACAUCUGGAGCGCUGCCAUAGUUACAUGAAGACACUAGACUCUCAGAUGCCACCUGGUGAAGAGUCUGUAAAUAUGGAGAGCAUCACUAAACCCGUACUGCAGCCGUCCAAUGAGAAAAGGCCGUUUGUGGACAGACUGACUGUCAGCAUAACCAAACGAAAGAGGUCAACACCACAGAAGUUUUUGGGAGAAAAGCACAUGCACCUUGAACCACCAGAAGCACCUUAUGAACUGUCCUCUGGCUCUGAAAAGGAAGGGGAUCUCCUCAGCUCCCAUUCUGCUGGAGACUCAUCUGGUCUGGUUAGUUCACACCUCCACUUCGCAAGAAGUAAAGCCGAGAGCCAGGAAUCGCCCUCGCUGCCUCCACUCCAUCCUGGCUUCGUGGCAGAGCUCCGAACCGUUGUGGGUUCCCUCAACAGUGGCGUGGUUCCCCAGGGCCCCCGAGCCCACGGCGCAGUGGGGCUCGCAGCAAUGUCCCUUGGCCUCCAUGGGCGGGAGGCAGGCGAAGCCCGGGACGACCAGCCCUCGGCGCACAGCCACACCACCUCGCCCAACGGCUGCCCCGACUCUACGGACACAGAGAGCACAGCGGAAGAGCAGAGCACAAGGGCUACAGCCCCUACAAGUACCUCCAACAACCAUCACCUCCACUAUCUGACCCCAGCACUGCCCCGCGGCCAUCCCACCAUCAGCCCCAGCCAGGCCAAAGAUUUGGACCCAGAGUGGGAUAGAGGGGUUCCUGUUCUCCCGGGUGUUGUAAAGAGAAACCCAGGCUCGCCUCUCUCCUCCAGGAACAAUUUCCAAGUUUUGGACAGGGGGGGCAGGCCUGUGCGCUCCUUCUACUGCCGGCACUGCUGCAUCCUCUUCCUGGACCACGUCAUGUACACGAUCCACAUGGGCUGCCACGGCUUCCGCCAGCCCUUCGAGUGCAACAUCUGCGGGCAUCCCAGCCAGGACCGCUACGAGUUUUCCUCUCACAUCAGCCGCGGAGAGCACCAGGUGGGCUGAGGACAGGUGGUUGCACAAGGAGGGGUAAACUGCUAUAAUCUAAAAGGGGGCUCAUGUUUGUUCUGCACCAGAUCAGCUAUUUUAAAUCCCUAGUUUAAGUCAAAUAAAUCUUGAGCUUGCUGUGGAUUUAUAUCCUACAUGACACAAGUGAGCAAAAAAAAAAAAUAAAUCUUUUUAACGCAUCAGUUAGAUUAGUUUAGACAAAUUGAAUUGUGUAACUGAUUGCACUCCCUUAUCAAAUCGCAUGGCAAACUACAGGUUUUGCCUCAGAAGUGCCUUCUUUGGGGAUUUCCUCUGAACACACACUCACACACAACACAAACACACACCCACACAAAAAGAAACAGUGGAGAACUGGUGCUCAAGAAACCCGACUAGUCAUCCUUUCCUCGGUGAUUUUAGAAACAAUCACAUCCAAGAGGUCAUGUUCACAUGCAGUUAUUGAAAGCAUUUAAGCAUUUAUCAAAAACAGGUUUUAUUCAGUAUGCACUGAGAGCUUUGCUUCAGCGGCUGAGGAGGGUGCUUUCUGGGUCGGGUGAGCUACAAGUGCACGGAGAGCUGUGUGCCUCUGAGUGUGGGACGAGCUUUUGUCACAGACGAAGCACAGAUGUGGAUUGCCUUAACUCCUACAGCGGUAACUGCUGUAGGAACACAUAUUGUUUACAGCACGGUUCAACAGUGUGCAAAGCAGGCAUGGGCCGGUAUGAGGUUACCACAGUGUUAACCAAAGAAAUACUUUGCUUUGGUGGCACCACUGUAUUUACAAAAAUAACUUAGGUAAAAUUGAAUGAAAUUGUUUAUCUUUUUUUAAUUACUCAUUGUUAUUUUGAUAUUUUCUGCUUUAGGCUUCUUGCUUUCCAUAAAGCAGCACUGAACUAUGGCAAGCUUACAUUUGCUGGUUAAUUGACAAUGUUUCUGCAGGGUGUUUGAAUGUAAAAAAGUCAAAACAUUUAAGCCUGAAAAGGUCUUAAAACUGUCCAAAUUGCAUGUUCCUUAAAUUUAUACUUGUUGCCAUUUUUAAAAAUAUUUGAUGACAUUUAGCAAUUCAUAAAAACAUGACAGAAAUCUGACCAUGAUGACGUCUUGCUGCAGUAUUUUAGGCAAAACAGUCUUGUCACAUUAUAUUUGUAUUUAUUCAGAUUUUUAUCCCCACUUUGGCUCUUUAACUCUGUUGACAUGUGGCAUGUCAUUAGAGUUGAUAUUUUGGUUAAUACUGAAAUAGAGAUCGUUUAUUAUGAUCACAUAGCCACAUUGUUUUAGACAAGACAAUUGGUAGAAUGUAGAAAAUUACGUUUAGUUGUUGGUUGACGAAGCGGGUAUGAAACUUCCGGCAGGUAUAAAGCUUCAACCUUUCAUAUGAGAAAACUUUGGUACAAAAUAAUCAAAACUGCAAAGGUAUGAAAAAGUGGUGGGGUGAAAUGACCAGCAGCCUUAGUAAUUAUAAAAGAUUUAAUAGAUGUGAUGGGUGGAGGUCUGGUAUUUUCCACCCCGUUUCUUUCCCUGUUAACAAUCAAAUUAAACUUUUUUGUCGACAAUGGAAGGAUGGAAGUGCCUUUUCUGAGCUAGAUGACCUGCAGUAUGCAGAAAUAGGUGGAGGAGGAAAUAUCACAGUGCUGCUCUAUGAUUCAUGCAAACAGAAAACUAACUCUGCCGUUUCUCUUACAUGUCAUUAAAACGACUUUAAACCAUGAAAACGGUUUGACAAAAGAUAGGUACAUCGAUACCGAUGCCCAUGCCUGGUGCAAAGCUAACUGUGUGGAACAGAGCCUCAGGAUGAAGCUGAUUCAUUGAGUAAAAUUAGGAUGAAAUAAGCUUUUAGAUUUCAAAAGUGAGUUUUAGGAUACUGGUGCAGAUCAGACCAUGAGCUUCGUCGCUUAUAAGAGCCUCGCUGAAUGGACCCAGGGUGCUCUACCUCUCUGCAGGAUUGCACUUUUUAGAAUAGGUUCCCUGCUUACAUAUGAACGUCUUUACUGAAGCACUUGACUGCUUUACAGAGUUGUUACCUGUGAUUGUUCUACUGCACUGAUGAAUUUAACAGUGACAAUAACUGACCACCUGGUUUAGGUGGUGAGUUUUUACUGGAGCCGGCCUUCUGCACCUUGCUUCGGGACCGGUGAGGGUUGAACCGUCAGCUCAGCUAAAACAAUCCCAUUGUGGUUUUGCACUCAGCGGCCGCAGCUGAGAUUUUAAACAAGUUCCAUAAUGUAAGUGAUUUAAGAAAUUAUUUAAAGAUGAAUUAUUAGCAAAUCAGUUUGAAUCUCUUCUGUUAUUAUCUCACUUGUGAUUAUCUACUUAGUGUCGUUUGUUUCUGCCUUGGUGUAUUUAAUCAGCUAUAUUCCAAAUCUUAUCCAGCAUAUUCCUCAAAGUUCAUGAAAUGUUACCUCCUGCUUCUUUAUAGCACCCAAAUACCUUAUUGCUACAGUAUGGUGAAUGAUUUGAUGAUGUUGAUAUCGGGAACAUGAAAGAAACCAAACUCAGUAUUGUUACUUAUUGUUGUUGGUUUGCUGCUUUAUAGUUUAACCUGAGUUUCUCUACUAGCAAGCAAAAUGUACUUGAAAACAGUUAAAAAAAAGAUAUAUAUAUAUAUAUAUGUAUAUAUAUAUAUAUGUAAAUGCACUUGGGUUUGAUAUGUAUGCUGGGGUGUGUUUGUGUGUGUGAAUGGACUAUAGCAUGGGUGCUUGUCAUUUUCUCCUUUUACCCGAAUUGUGAAUUAUUUUUGAAAUGUGAAGUAAAAACGGGGCAUGGGUUUUUAUUUGUCCCCUCCUCGCGAUGACUUAAUGUUCUAAACAAUAAAAAUAAAAUAAAAACCCUUUGUGAAUGAUGUAAAAUAACAAAAAACACUUUUACCUCAAAGUUCGAGAUGUACAACUGCCUCAUUAGUUCAAUAAAACUAGGGGGGGAAAAAAGAAUUAAAAAAGGUCAUGUCGCUUUCCAAGAUGUUUUUGCGGUUACAAAUUGCGUGCUCCUUGAUAUUUUCAAAACUUUUUACUGUCAAUAAAGUUGCAUUUAUUGUA